UCUAUUAUUAUUAUUGUGUUGUUUAAAGGGUUAGCAGCGCGGGUCACGUGACCCCCUGUGUUUACACGCUCCCAGUUGGAGUCCGUGUGCAGAAACGCGAUUGUUGCUGCGGCGAAGGAAGAAGAAGAGGAAGAGGAAGAAGAGAAGGAAACCAGCGGAUCGUGUCCUCGCUGGACCCUGGGUUCUGGAUAUUGUUCCUCCGCUCAGGCGAGAAGAAAGACGUGAUGAUAAUCUAAGGUGACCACAUAGGAUCCAAUACGUCCGAUUGGAAGAAAUAUUCUCACGAGGAGAUAAAGCGAGGUCUUUGUGAGCCUCUGCUUGUUUUUUGGGGGGUUUUUUGCCGGCAAAAAGGGGACCAUGGGUGGAGCUGUGAGCGCGGGCGAGGACAAUGACGACCUGAUUGACAACCUGAAGGAAGCUCAGUACAUCCGCACGGACCGGGUGGAGCAGGCCUUCCGGGCUAUAGACCGCGGGGAUUAUUAUUUGGAUGGCUACCGUGAAAACGCCUACAGAGACUUGGCCUGGAAGCACGGCAACAUCCACCUUUCAGCACCGUGCAUCUACUCCGAGGUCAUGGAGGCGCUGAUGCUCCAGCAAGGACUCUCGUUUCUCAAUCUGGGCAGCGGUACCGGAUAUCUGAGCACCAUGGUGGGCUUGAUCAUUGGUCCAUUCGGAGUAAACCACGGCGUGGAGCUCCACAAGGACGUGGUGGAAUACGCCGUAGAGAAACUGGAGGAGUUCAUAAAAAACAGCGACAGCUUUGACAAGUUUGAAUUCUGCGAGCCCCAUUUUGUGGUGGGAAACUGCUUAGAGAUCUCGACCGACAGCCAUCAGUACGAUCGCAUCUACUGUGGCGCCGGGGUUCAGAAAGACCACGAGAACUACAUGAAGGUCAUGCUCAAAGUUGGAGGAAUUCUGGUCAUGCCCAUUGAGGACCAGUUGACCCAGAUCACCAGAACCGGUCAGAGCUCUUGGGAGAGCAAGAACAUCCUGGCCGUGUCCUUUGCACCUCUGGUCCAGCAAAACCGAAGCAAAGGCGGCAAACCGGGCAACGUGAUCUUGCCGCCUCUCUCGGUAAGGAGUUUGCAGGACCUGGCACGUGUCUACAUCCGGCGCACGCUGCGCAGCCUGACCAACGCCGAAAUGGCGAGCAAGUCGACGGGGCCGCGUGUGCCCCAGAAGCGCAAGCGCAGGCGCUGCCGGCGCGUCCCGCACCACCACAUGAACACCCUGGUGUUCGUAGGCAACCAGCUGAUCCCGCAGCAGAUCGAGAGCGAGGACGACGGGAGGAUCGACGAUGAGGACAACGAGAGCAAAGAGGAUGAGGCAGACAAAGAGGCAGACAAGGACAAACCCGAGCAGCCUCAGGUCAACUUGCUAAGGGACAAGGUGCUGAGAUUACCGCUGCCCGAGUCGCUCAAGGCGUACCUGCUGUAUUACCGAGAGAAAUGAGAUUUCUAAGAAGCAAUGGACUUUUUUUCUUUCUUUUCUUUCUUUUGUCCUUCUUUUCCUCGCGAUCCUUUUACCGUAAUGUAGCAUCAUUGAAAUCCGGUGCAGGAUAUACGGUUUCGCGAUCCUGCCACUCAAAACGAUCUGCUUCGGAAAACCCUUCGAAGAGGAACUCCGGGGCAAAUCGCGAGGUUGUUUUUCGCUCUCGGCCGCGAUCCCUGGCACUUUAUCCGUCGAAUAUAACGACUUGUCCGGAACGAUAUAUUCCCUAUAGGAAGUCCCGCACCAGGACGUUUCGACAGUUUGUGAGAAGGUUUUCUUUUUUUUUUUUUUUUUUCGGAUAAUCUUCCGAGUGGGAUAUGCGCAUGAUCGGAUAAAAAAAAAAAAAAAAAAAAGUUUUCAAGGAAAGGUCCCCCUACGAGGUACAGUAUGAAGCAGGCUUCAUGGGUUUACGAUUUCAAAUCCAGCCAUCCAGUCGUAGCUUUGACCAAAUUUCACUCGUGUUUUUUUUUUUCUACCUAACCAUCUUUUUAGUCAACUAAUCGAUUUGACAUCUCGAGCCUUUUUUUCCCCUCCACCCGUCCCCGCCCCCUCACCACUUGACUCCACCCCAUCACGUUUUUUUUUUUUUGCGGUAUAAAGUCACAAUUUUGGCGUGCAGUGCGUCACCGUGUUCCACCCCGUGUUUUCAUGAUUUCACGUGUAGUAUAUAGGUAUAAUAAUGCUAGAUGCUAAGAGGUGUCGCGUUACAGAAAUUAACGGCUUCAGAAUUUGUUUUUUUAAGAAAAUCUGUGGAAAAUAAUGUAUUUUGUGUAUCCGGAAAUCGUUUGUAAUUUUGUCGGGUUUAAGGUUGGUAAGUAUUCUUUUUGUAUAGAUAUCAUGCACUUCAGAUUUUUCGGGUUUCAGGGCUACCUUCAAGCUUUGUAGUUUUCUCUAUAUCACAAAACCGAUAUUAGAUUCUUAUAAGCUGAGGUAUAUUAUGAAAUUGAAUAUUGAGGGGUUUUUUUUUUUCUCUUUUGGAGAACUUGGUCAUUGUGGAAUUUUUUUUCCCAGUAUUUUACACAGAGGUCACUUUUGAAAGACAGGAUUUAAGUCUAUUAUCUGCUGGAUCUAUGUACAAACUAUAUGGGGUGUAAACUCUCUCUAAUAAAUUCUAACGUUUGUGAA